UAUAGUUGCAUCUGUCUAUCUGUACCUACAGAAAGAGAGACUUUAUUCAGUAUUUAGUCUAUAAUAUAUACGUAUCGUUGAGACUGUACUUGGUAAUUUUAUCGCUCUGUGGUGCUCUUAUCCUGUGUGCCCUUGAUACUCAUUUAAUUUAUUUAAUAAUAUUUAUUCAAUUGUGUUUUAUUUUACUGCGAUUAUAGUUAGGUUAAUACCACUAUAUUUUUACAGACACACCGAUAAUCGGUUUUAUAUUUCAAACUGUUCAAUACAUCAGAUAAAUAUAUAUAAAUACAUGUAUAUAUAGAUAUAUACAUACAUGUGUAUAUAUUUUAUUAAUAAUAUUAAUAUAUUGUUGAGAGAAGGAAAUAUAUUUUCAUAUAAAGAAGAAAAAAAAAUACUAUUAUAUCCCCUGGCCAAUAGUGAUGAUUAAUAUUGAUGAUGACAAUACAGUAAAGUAUUUUUUAUAAAUCAAACAAUUAUUCUUACUUCCGAAAGUGUCACAGUGAGUGAUAAAAAAAAAUCAACGGUUGAUUUAAUUCUAUGUAUGUGGAGAGUGUGUGGGUGCGUUUGUGUUAACUAUACGUGAUGAUGUCAGUAACACAUUACAUGUAAAAUUUUCGAGGAACAUUAAGCAUGUUUGAUAAUAAUUUUCAUGAUUAUUAUCAAUAAUAUAUUUAUGCGCAAAAGCAUAUUUUAAAGCGUAUAAUUUAUCAGAGAAUAUAUAGUAUAUGUAUAUUCUUCGUUUUUUGACUAUUUAUUGAGGAAUGAAAAAAAAGUAGAAAUAAUUAUUAAAUUUAUCAUCGGGCACCAAUGAGCUUAGUCAUAAUAACACUGGAAUCUAUUUGGUGUGGAGAUUUUUUUGUAUCCAAAAAAGUGUAAUGCCUGGGAGUCGCUCUAGUACCGCUGCUGAUCCAGAUCAUAAAUCACCGCGAGAAAGUGGUGAAGAUUCUGAAGAUGAGAGUGAAAUUUUGGAAGAAAGUCCCUGCGGGCGGUGGCUGAAACGUAGAGAAGAGGUUUACGUAGGUUCCAAAUCAGCUGCAGCCGGUGCUGAAGGUACGAAUUUUGUUGGACAAGGUAUGUCAAGAGGAUUCGAGAGAAAAUUUUCUGAGUUAGAGGUGGGACAGCGUGAUGUUCCGGGAAUUGACUGUGCUUAUUUGGCAAUGGAUACCGAGGAAGGUGUUGAAGUUGUUUGGAAUGAAGUCCAGUUUUCAGAACGCAAAGAUUUUAAAGCACAAGAAGAAAAAAUUCAACUAGUCUUUGAAAAUUUAAUACAGCUAGAGCAUCCGAGUAUUGUCAAAUUUCAUAGGUAUUGGACUGAUACUCACAAUGAUAAGCCACGGGUCAUAUUCAUCACUGAAUACAUGUCAUCUGGGUCGUUGAAACAAUUUCUCAAACGCACAAAACGUAAUGUGAAAAAACUACCGUUACAAGCAUGGAAACGAUGGUGUACACAAAUUUUAUCAGCAUUAAGCUAUUUACAUUCUUGUUCGCCACCGAUUGUUCAUGGAAAUCUUACUUGUGAUACUAUAUUUAUUCAGCACAAUGGUCUAGUAAAAAUUGGCUCAGUUGCUCCAGACGCAAUUCAUCACGAUGGACGAACUUGUAGAACAAAUGUAAAAAAUAUGCACUUUGUCGCACCAGAAUAUGGCAAUUUACUGACACCGGCAAUUGACAUUUAUGCUUUCGGAGUUUGUGCUCUCGAAAUGGCUGCGUUGGAGAUUCACGGUAACGGAGACAGUGGCAGUCCUGUUACCGAUGAAAAUAUACAAAAGACAAUCGAAUCACUGGAUGACCCUCUACAAAAAGAUUUUAUUAGAAAAUGUCUUCAAUCAGAGCCGCUUAGUAGACCAAGCGCCAGAGAAUUAUUAUUUCAUCCAAUAUUAUUCGAAGUUCCCUCGCUCAAGUUGCUUGCUGCUCAUGCUCUAGUGUCGUCUGCCACAAAUAUAUCUGAAACAAUAACAGACCAGGUCCUGCAAAGAUUAUACGGACCAGAUACGGUCGUAGCUGAAAUAAGAUAUCAAAAUCAAUUAACACCCUCCGUUGCCAUAUCAUCUAAGUCAUCCUCAUCAUCAUCUUCGUCUUCGUCAUCAUCACAACCUCCUCUCCAGCAAAUUCGACUAAGUGACAUUUCUGUCACUGAAAAAUUAGAAAAAUUCGUCGAAGAUGUUAAAUACGGAAUUUAUCCGUUGACUACAUACAUGGCUAGACUACCUCCACCUUCAGCCGUUCGACCACGAGCAAUAUCGCCUGAGAUAACUGAAUCGGUUAAGUCUGUUACACCUGAGCCGCUCACUCCAGAAGCUCGUAGAAUUGUUCAUAUGAUGUGUAAUGUCAAGCCUAGCGGCGGUGGUUGUGAUAAUUUAGAAUUAAAUAUGACAAUAUUAUUGAGAAUGGAUGAUAAAAUGAAUCGUCAGUUGACAUGUCCUGUUACUGAAACAGACACACCGCUUAUACUAGCACAAGAUCUUGUUGAUAAUGCAUUUAUUAAUGAGAGUGAUCGGGAUGCAUUGGCUCGUUUGAUGGAAGAAACCAUAAGAAGUUUUUAUAACAAACAAAAAAUGAGACCAGCAAUGGUGUCUUUAACUAAUUUGCCUACAUCGUUAUUGCUACCCGAAUCAGAACUACCCCGCAUACAAGAUUUGGAAACUUUGAACCACAAUGCCUCCUUGACAUCACCACCAUCAUCAGUAUCCUUAAAUACAACAGUAUUGAACAAUGACGUUAACAAAAUGUUACCAAAUGAUUCUACUAACUCUGCAGUAACAACAGCUACGAUGAAUUCAGAAGCGAUAUCAUCCGCUUCAUCAUCUUCGUCAUCGUCUUCAUCUUCAUCGAUGAUACCCUCCAAUAGUUGCAGUAAUGCUGAGGCUACUUCAGAUUUGGGGGUCAAUGCUAAUAAUAAUGAAUCAAACAGCUCCAGUUAACCAAAAUAGUUACACGCAUACACACAAUAUUCUGUGCCACGAGCACAAAUAUAUAGACUGUAUUUUUUAUAUAUACAUAUAAGAUGUAACGUGACCUUUUUUUCUUCCUCCCUUUGUAUAUACACAUAAUGAAACAUAUACAUACAUACUUUAUAUGUUUAAAAAAUUUUGAAUAAUUAUUUAAAAAUUACAUAUUAAUUGAAAUUAACGUAUCAGUGUGUAUGUAUAUAUUACAAUGGUAUAUUAUUUAUUAAUUUAGAGAAGAAAAAAAAAAGUAUGUACAUUAAAAAUUAAUUUUUUUAACUUCUACAGCUAUAUUUUUUUGCCGCGAAAGAACGAAUUUGAGUCAUAAAAUGCAACAAUUUCGAAUAAUAAUAAUAAUAAUAAUAAUAAUAAUAAUAUAACGCUACUAUUUAUAGAAAAAAUAUAACUCAGUCUUGGGAAUGACGUAUACUGUGAGUGUAUAUUAAAAUUUGUACAUAUUUUAUGUAUUUGUUCGAUUAAACCAACUCUACUAAAUAAUUUAA